AUGCCAAGCAUGCGUCAGAGGCGCUCAUGCGCCGGGUUCGUCGCCUGGGCCUUGGCGGCCGCUGCGCUGGGCAGAUGGACGGUGACACCGUCCAUCAGUUUUGUCGGCUCUGGCAGUGCGCCGGCCGGACGACUCAGCGCCAGGCAUGCCUCACCCCUGGGAGAGAUGGCUGGGGCCAACCUCGAGCAGCUGGAGGAGCUGGCAAAGGAUCCCGAGAAGAUGAAGAAACUUCAGGACGAAGUCGAUGCCAUGAUGAAGGACCCUGCCAAGAAGAAGGCUCUCGAGGAGUACUCCAAGAUGACGCAGCAGGCUGUCGCAAAGUUGCAGGACGACCCGGAGCUGCAGGACUUCUUCGAGGACAUCAAGAAGAAUGGCAUGGAGGCCAUGAAGAAGUACGAGAAGGAUGAGAGGAUCCUCGCCAAGUUCUCUCAGGCUACUGGAGGCCCAGAGGCCUGGAUGAAGGCCAUGGGUGGUAUGCCACCUGGUGGAAUGCCCGGCGGCAUGCCCGGCAUGGCGCCCUCCGCCCCGAACUACAAGCCCGGAGAUGAAGUCGUCAUCUUUGGCCUGGCCAAAGCUCCAGAACUGAAUGGCAAGAAGGCGAUGGUUGUGCCGCCCACCGCGGAGGAGAAGAAAUCUCUGGAGGGCCAUGACCCGAGUCUUGAUGUAGAACCUGCUGCUUGCAGGCGCCUCACACAGUUCUUCUUUGCCACGGCGUGGCAGAGCGGCUUACUUGCAAGUGGAGCUGGACAGGGACCACAGCCUCUCGUGGCGGCGCGAUUGGCAGAGGGCAUGGGUGGGGGACUCGGGGUGGAGGGCGCCACUGCUGAGGCUCGCCUGGAGUCCAUGUCAGCUACGUCUGCCAGCCGGCAGGCCCCUUUGAGCGCUCUGCUGGCGGCGGGCAGUUGGGAUGCCGCUGUCGCUCUUCUGAGGAGACGUGUGGAGGCCGCGUUGCGCGCCUCCGCCUCGGCCCUCAACGCCUGUGCGCCUGUGGCGUGGCAGCGCGCGGUGGCCGCUCUCAGGGCGUUUCCAGAGCUGCUGCUGCGAGCAGACGUGGUGACGUCGCUCCGCGCUGUGGCUGCCUUCACCCGUGAGGGGCGCUGGUCCCGUGCGCUGGGACUGUUGUCAUCUUCAAAGCCCUUCGGCUGUCAAGCGAAUGUCCUCUGCGCCGGCAUCGGCGCAGCCCCCUGGGCUUCGGCGCUGGCGGCGCUGGCCGCGGCGUCGGGUGCAGGAAUCCUGGUGGACCAUGUUUGUGUUAACACUGCUGUGACAGCCUGCGCUGCUGGAGGAGUCUGGCAGCGGGCCGUCGACUUCUUGAGGGAGACGUUGGCCUCCAACGUUGUGCGCUUCAGCGCCGCCGUCACUGCUUGCGACGUGUCGGGCCGAUGGCCCACUUCGCUCGGAAUUUGGGAGUCGAUCCGCUGCAGGCGCGCGGACUGUGAUGCCAUUUGUCUGAACAGUGUCAUCAGCAGCUGCGUGCCUCGCUGGCGAAAGCCUCUGGAGCUGCUUGCUUCAGGGGCGUCGGCGAGGAUUCGCCGCGAUGUGGUGAGCUUCAGCUCCGCGAUCGGCGGGCUCGAGAGUGCUCAGAAGUGGGGACCAGCUCUGGAGCUGCUAGAGUACAUGGCGCAGCUGGAGGUUCCACCCAACCGCGUGAGUCGAAACGCCGCGCUGGCGGCGCAGGGGGGUGGAGGGGACUGGCGUCGUUCCUUGCGGCUGCUGGGGAAUAGUCCAGGGGAAGUGAGCUACCGGGCGGCCAUCGACCUUUGCGACAAGGAGGGCAAGGGGGAGGAAGCCGCUGCGCUGCUCCAAGAGGCGCACGCCUCAGGCGUGGUGCAGUCAAUCUCUUUUUAUCCCUGGGCCUUCGGCCGUCUGCUGGUCUUUUCGACAGACUCGAGCCAUGACGCGCUUUUUUCGGCUCUCCACGUACUGCGAAACAGCGAGCUGCGGCUCCCUCCCCAGGAGGUGACGACCCUGCUCUGGUCGGCAGCCAUGCUCAGCGCCAGCAACCCCUUGUUCUCCAAACUGCUUUGCGAGCAAGCGGUGGGUCAGAUGCCUGCCUUCUCCGCCGAGGAUCUACUGCUGCUUGCCUGGGGCGCUGCGUCCAGCGCCCAGAACUUUGAGCUGUCGCUGCGCAUCGCGCAGGAGUCCACCCGGCGCCUCAACGGCGGCCUUGCCUUUGGAGACACGCAGGUCACCUUGGGCGUCGACCCACGGAUGCAGAUUCAGCCUGGGGUCUGA